AUGAUUUCUAAUGCAUUUGAAGAUGUCCAGCAAGAAGUAGCUGAGUUAAUAAGUGAUCGGAUCGUUAUCGGCCACUCCCUUCAUCAUGAUUUGGCGACAUUAAAAUUAUACCAUCCACGAGAACUUAAACGGGACACUUCUCUUCUUAAUAUAAAUGGAUCGAACAAAACGCCUAGCUUGAAAAAACUGGCAAAGAAGAAAUUCAGUAUUAAUAUUCAAAAAGGAGAGCAUUCUUCG